AUUCCCAAGCGGUGUCAAAGCGCCCCCCCCUCCCCCGGUUAAAUAAAUAGCCUACAUUAGUGCUCUAGUUUCUCUUAAUAAACUCUCAUUCUAAUAGCAACCGGUGAUCAGGAUGUAUCACAAUAUGGAUGUGGGGGAGCCUCAUGUUCAAAUAUUUGAGGAGCCCAAGCAGAGGGGGAUGCGCUUCAGGUACAAGUGUGAGGGCCGUUCAGCUGGGAGCAUUCCUGGAGAGAGGAGCACCGACAGCAACAGAACCUACCCCAGCAUACAGGUAAAUGGGACACACCCUUCCGCCCUGAUUUUACCCACUGUGGAUCUCGUAAGCCCCCAUUGUGGGGGGGGGGCUAUCGGGGAAGCUAGCUUGACCACACCAGUAUCCCGAGAGCAGCUGCUGCAGACAGAGGACUAUGAUCUCAACGUGGUGCGCCUCUGCUUCCAAGUCAUUCUGCAGGACCAGGCGGGACAGUACACACGAAGGCUUACCCCCAUCGUCUCCAACCCCAUCUAUGACAACCGGGCCCCCAACACGGCAGAGCUGCGAAUCUGUCGCGUUAACAAGAACAGCGGCAGUGUUUUGGGCGGGGAGGAGAUCUUCUUGCUCUGCGAUAAGGUGCAGAAAGACGACAUCGAGGUCCGCUUCUUCAUGCAGAGCUGGGAGGCCAAAGGCUCCUUCUCCCAAGCCGACGUGCACCGACAGGUGGCCAUCGUCUUCAAAACCCCCCCAUAUUUCGACUCCUCCAUCACAUCCCCCAUCACCGUGCACAUGCAGCUCCGCCGACCCACGGACCAGGAGGUCAGUGAGCCCAUGGAGUUCCGCUACCUACCCGAUGACAAAGAUCCCUAUGGCUGCCAGGAGAAGAAGAGGAGAAGGGAAGAUCUGAUGAAGUCCUUUCCCAGCCUCCCUGCAGUUAUGAAUACGGCAAACAGACCCAAGAUGUCCGGACGGAUUCUCCAUGCCGUCAAAAAAGAGCCACACAACACGUAUAUAAAGCCAGCGCUGUCUAGCCGCAUGCUUCCGAAUCCAUCUGGAAUGUACGACGGCUCCAUGUACCAGACCAGCCCGCAGCCCCCGAUGGUGCCCCCGCAGGCUUCCCUCCAGCGCACAGUGCCCAUGAGCAGCCUGUGGUCCCAUGGCAACACUGCACUCUCCCUGGACACCAUCCGCAUCCAGUCGAGUCGCGACAGCACCGUCGGCAGCCUGCAGCCCAGCAUGGUAUUACCUGCCCCAGACGGCGGUGCAGCCGGCCUGCCGCGGCUGACGGAGCGGGACCUGCAGUGUCUGAUGACGGAGGCCCAGAUGUCCGAGGCCCAGACCUGGCGGCAGCCUCCCCAGCAGCACCAGCACCAGCACCAGCAGCAGCAGGCUACGCGCGGGACCCACCGGAAGGAGGCCACCACAGAAACGUCAAACAUGCAGUCCGCCUGGCCCAGUUACAACAUCCCGCCUGGUGCCGCCGGCCCGAUGAAUGGAGACGGCUGUCUGCCACUGACCAUGCCCUACAACUACAUGGAUGUCAUGGAAAGCGAGGACAUCCUGCAGAGCUUCUCUGACCAGCCGGGCUUCCAGCUCAAGCAGGAAACCGGCACCAUGGGACAGGAAGUGCCCACCAACAUGCCCUCCUCCAGCUGCACCUACACCGCACUGAUGCCUCCCCACCAGCUGAACAACGCGAGCUCCAUGGAAGCCCUACGGCAGGCUAUGGGAGACGCCUCCAGCAGUCCUGGCCCCACCCUACAGAACAACUUUGCAGUCAACGGCAUCAGUGGCGAAGACACCCUAAACUGGCCACAGUUCUAUGCUGAGUGAAGACAAGACCUCCACCACCCUCUGGGAUGUAAACCCACAACCAGCCAAAACGACCUGCCACCUCACAGAUGACUGGUGCGCAACCUGCAUGAUCUGAAUGGGCUUCUCUGCCAUCUUUUGCCAGAAGCACCAGGAUUUGAAUGUGUCGCACUCUUGGUGGUGACCACUAGCCGAAGGUGGGCACCCCACUGGUUGAUGAGAGAUCGAGACAGUGCGCCUUUCAGAGUUUCUCGAAAGCGAAGUUUCAAAGUGAAGUAUAUUCCCCCAUCUUCCAUUUCCGAAGAGGAAGUGAGAGGGAAGCUAUAUUCCUGUACAAUGGCUAUGCCAUUUUUAAACCCUUCACUACCCAUAAUUCUCAGUGUCCCAUGGAAUUAAUCAUUCCCCAGGGUUGGGUCGUGUAAAAGGGAUUCACCAACAGCUUUUUUUGUUUCAAAGUACAAUGGUGUGCAUCAUAACGAUGUGUUUCUUUGCUCUUUAAAUCAACUGGUCCUUUUUUUUGACUUACCAGUACAUACAUACAUAGUGUGUUAAUUAAUAUAUCAGUGUAUAUGCUUUUAAUAGGUGCUUAUUUGAUUUAUUUUUAUAUGAGUUUUAUAUGUACUGUGUUAUCUGACAAUGUUUGUAUUAAGUAUGCAAUAUUUAAUUUGCAACUACCGGACCAUUUUUAUGGGCAAAAAUAUUACUUAAUUUUUUUCCUCUUUUUCAAAGAAAAUUAUGGUAUAUUUUAUUUACAACCAAGAGAGCCCGAAAAAUCUGACCCUUUAGUAAAGGGUGAAGUAAUACCCUUUACACGCUGUUUUUAUGUUAUGUGAUGAAUUUACUCCAUCACCACCUCUCUCAGUCCAGACAAACCGGCUGCCACAGCCCUGUCAGUCUCUAGUGUAACUGCUGUUAUUGAGGUACGUUAGACAGAAGCACGUUUUUCCCCAUGUGCAGUUCGGUUGCAAACGGGUCCUGCUUUGGGUGCUUGUCAUCUAAGGACAAAGGAAUAGAAAGUUAAGAUAAAAGUUAAAUCCCUUCCGUAAGUAGCCAACGAGGUAUGUGUAUUCUGUUAACUUUAGUAUAGUUUUGUUUAAGUUGUAUUUAGCAGGGUAAAUGCUAACAGGUUCGCUUUAGCUUAGCGAAUUCAUAUACAUUGUACAUUUCGUGGGUGGCAUGGUGGUGCAGUGGUUAGCACUGUUGCCUCGCACCUCUGGGACCUAGGUUCGAGUUUCCACCUGGGUUCCAUGUGUAUGGAGUUUGCAUGUUCUCCCUGUGUCGUCGUGGGGUUUCC